GUGCACUGUGUCCCUCGGACACAGCGGAUCACCGAUUCACGGAAAGAGCCGAAGAUGUCAGCUCGGUCAUGUGAUCAGCUGUGUCCAAUCACAGGUGAUCGCAUGACAUGUACACUGAUCAUCAGGGCACUGAUGAUCAGUGUGCCUUGAUGAUCAGUGUAGCCCCAGCAGUACCACCUGUCAGUGUCCAUCAGUGCUCAUCCGUGUCACCUGCCAUUGCUCACCAGUGCCACAUCAAUGCCACAUAUCAGUGCCCAUCUGAGCUGCCUUUCAGUGUCACCCAUCAGUGCCAGCCAGUGCCACCUAUCAAUGCCAGUCAGUGCCGUCUAUCAGUGCCGCCUAUCAGUGCCGCCUAUCAUUUCUGCCUUUCAGUGCCCAUCAGU